GAUUAGAGAUAGAUUUUUCUUCCCGCAUGAACAAAAUUAAACAUUCACUGUGUACCUAGCAGUGUUAAAGUUCAAAUCAACUAAAUAUUUGGAAGUUUCCAGGAGGAACCACCAUUCUUCACUGAGCUUCUCCCGCGAACGCACGCUCUCUAAUAUCUCUGCUGGACAAGCUGCUGUACAGGAUGAUAUACUCAGGAAUUAUGUGUUGGCUUCUCAGCCUGUUAGUCAUCAACGCCGUAGUAUGUGAAAUACACACCACAGAGCAACAAGAAAACGAGCCUGGAGAGGGUUUACCAAACAUUAUGGUUAAUCAAAGUGAAGGCAACGAGAAAAGCAAAAAUAAUCCAGUUAUUAUUGCGAAUCAGUCAAAAACUGCCUCUGCCAAUAACCUAAUCGAUUCGCAGCAAUGUCAAGACGUGAAAAAUAUUUUUGGGAAGAUAUUAGAACAAGUUAAGAACCUGACGCAAGACUCCAAUGAGCUCAAGCAGUCCAUGGACAGAUUUACAAAGACGAUCAACAUAUUAGAACAAGUUAAGAAUCUGACACAAGACUUUAAUGAGUUCGAGCAGCUCCUGGAAACAUUUAUGAAGACGAUCAACUACACAGUAGAUAUCAGAACUUCGACAUUGAUUAGCAGCAUUGCUGCACUCAUCAGUUCGCCAAUUGAAAGCCAACUUGCCUCUGCCACCGAACAGCUCAGCGAAAUGUUCACCGAACUAAAAAUGGACUGCGACGAAUCUAUCAAGGUCAGGCUGGCCAUUGAGAGCUACAAACAAACUAUUGAAAACCAUUUCAAGAGCAUGGAGGAUAUGUUCCAAAAUGACGACAGGCUCACCAAACACGACUUGCGCAUCGAACUUGACCCUUUAAACGACACCAUUGUGAAAAUUCGUGACUUAAUCGUUACUAUUCGAUCAGAAGCGAGUGAAGUCCGCCAAUUUUGUGAAACCUUGAAGACUGACGGGGAUGCAGAGGACAUCAAGGACAUAAAACAAAACAUCAAAACCAUUUUGGCCAUCGGAAUGGCUAGUUCUACUGUGUUGACCGAGAUAACGGAAAAAGUUGGGAGUUUGCAGUUCCAAUCGAGGGUAUUGUUCUUGGUAUUGGUGCUGGGGCUCCUGAUCCAAUUUGUCACCGCACUCGUCAUUGUGACGUGUUGGUGGAACAUGAGCAACAAUGCCUCUUAUUCUCCUGUGAAUCAAGCAAUACCAAUGAGAAGUCUCAGCCGACGGUCAAAUAUAGGCAAGUAAAAAACUCUUUUCGCUGUGUAAGAAUAAUAUUUUUUUAAAUGACUUUUAUUGGUUUGCAGCUACGAGUAACGUGGAGUGAUUAGGAUGGGCUUGAUUAUGAUUUAAUCAUUGUGCACUUUUUGAUUUGUAUAAGAGAGAAAUUAAAUAAAGUGAUGUUUUAUGUUUCUGGUUAGCAAUUGGAAAUAUUUUUAUUGAAAAAUAUGUUGCUGAAAGUCC